UUACUGUAUCUCUGGAAAGAAACAGCGAGUGUGGACAAUGUUCUGUAACAGCUUUUCUUUUUAUAUACAUAGCAGCCUACACAUGCUGAUGAAGGUCGGAGUUCCACUGAAGGAUGGAGGGCGCCGAUAAACUGGAGGAAAUUUAUAUGUGGAUUGAUCAGAUACCACUUUCUAGACCGAAGAGAAACAUAGCCAGAGACUUCGCGGAUGGUGUACUUAUGGCAGAAUUACUGAAGCACUUCUUUCCAAAACUUGUCGAUCUUCACAACUAUGCUGCAGCCAGUUCAAAAUCUCUGAAGAUAGGCAACUGGAAUCUUUUGAAUAGAAAGGUUUUAAGCAAGAUUGGACUAGAGCUCAAAGAUGAAAACAUUGAUAAACUGGCCACAGCCACAGCUGGUGCAAUUGAGCGCUUACUGAAUGAUGUACAUGAAAAAAUCAAAGAGAAAGAAACUGAAAAACUGAAAACAACAGAAAUACUAAUCGAGAAACUUGUUGAUAAACCAGAUGAGAUAGUAAGAGUUCCUGCAAGUGGAAGUGACAAAGAGCAAAUACUUAUACCACUGAAAGAAUUCAUGAAAAAGCAAGAUGAGUUAACCAAAAAAGAUGAGAUGAUUGAUGCAUUACAGAAAAAGUUGUCCCACUUGGAGAAUUUAUUGGAACUAAAAAAUCAGCGCAUAAAUGAAUUAUCAACAGAGUUGCAGCAUUAUCAACAAGAAACAGAGCACACAGCUUAAUGGACAUGUGAUGUAGAGAACAAAUUUUAUCAGAAGCAGAAGAAUAUUUGAUGUUUCUGAAAGAAAAGAAAUACAUAUAAUUAAGAUGUUGUUCAUGAUUUACUUUAUAUUAAAAUUUUGAAAAAGAUAUCAAUUAGCAAACAUCAUGUUUAGGUGAAGCUUUGUAGUUACUGUAUUGUGUUUCUAGAAACAAUGAUUUGUAUAUACAUCCAAAAAUAUAUCGUCCAUUGAAAAGUUACCGUAAGAUAAAUUAAAAGAAUUGACAUACAA